CAGAUAAAAAAUUUGUAAGAAAGUGACGAGAACUGCAACGAUGUACGUCAAGGCUCUGUCUGGUCUGUUCGUGUGCUGCACACUUCUCUCUGCUGCCGAGAGUCAAGUGGUCAUCACCGACGCUGAUCCGUCGGAAUAUCCUCACAUUGCCAGGAUAGAGUACAAAGUAAACACAAUUCCAUUGACAGUACCAGCUCUGUUUGUCAGUGCAAAAUAUGUCCUUGCAUCGCUCAUCACAUUCGGUACCCAAAUAAACAAGAACAUGUUCAAAUUGACCGACCAGUUGGGCGUUGUUUACCCCGUGGGAAAAGUUGCAGCUGAUGCUGAUCAACGUUUCUUUUACAUGAAGCUUUGCAAAACGUUCACAGGAACUCCUUUCAACAUGAGCGAAUCCAGUUUUGAUUCGCUGGCCAACACAGUUGAAGCUCAAAUGUUAUUUUUUCCCACAACCUCUAACACCCUGAAAAAGGUGAGCGUCAGUCUGCUUGAUAACACUACGUGCAACACGAAAGCAUCGGCAAUUCUUGGCGUCAGUGCCGCCUCAAUUAUCUGCAUGACGUCAACUGCCACAACGAACUUUUGCCUGGAUACGUUUGCAGAUGACCUGCAGAACCCGACUUACGUUACAAUUUCAGUAGUGGCAAUUGGGGGCCAAGUCAAUGGCCUUUUUCGCACUCAUCAGUGCGUGUUAAAGGAUUUGAGUUCAGUUUCACCGUAUUUUUUCUAUCGCAAAAUAAGCUAUCAUCGCCAAGAAAUAAUUGAUCUGAUCCCAACUGUGGACAUCGUAUGAUUUUUUUGUCGAUUUUUUCCAUUCUUCGUUGCUGUUCAAUCAACAGUAUCAAUAAUUCGAAAUUUUGAUUUCAAGUGUGCUUUGUCAAUGUGAAAAUAAAUCGUGUUGCAAUCAUAAAAGAA